AUGUCGAAGAAUCGCAUAUAUAAGUUGCCGUUCAUCAGAGGAAUGUUUAUCGACAACUGUUGUAGAAUCUGCCUGGAAGAUUUCCAAAACAAAUCAUUCGUGUCAGAAUUGAAAUGCCGCCAUAGUUUUCACUUCGACUGCAUCAAGGAAUGGUUUAACGGUAAAUCGUCAUGCCCGACCUGCAGAAGCGAGAUAUCGUCGAGUGUUACCAUUCGGCAUUCGUACGAAGUGACAAAGAUGGGCGCGAAUACAUGUAUACAAGUGUUCGUUAUGACAUUGCCCCAAGUCAGAAAUUUGACUGAUUGGUGA